AAUUACAUAAUGGAAAGCACUACACAGUUGUAGGGCAGCAGCGGUUUUCCAUUAAUCUCUCUUCUGACUUCUGUGGGCGGUGGUCUCUUUCCAAUCUCUGCACCAACAAAAAAAGGUUUAGAAAAUCAAAAGUAAGAGAUGGUCAGAGCAUAUUCACAAGAGCACACAUAUAAGCACCCAUGGGAACGUGUAACUUCUGCAUCCUGGCGCAAGUUUGCUGAUCCGGAGAACAAGCGCACUCUAUCACACAUCCUCGAGGUUGACACAUUGAACCACAAGCUUGAUCCCAGUUCAGGGAUGCUUUAUACUACUCGUGCCAUAACUAUCCAUGCACCAGGACCAUGGUUUGUUCGUAAAAUCAUUGGUCAGGACAUCUGCCACUGUGUAGAAUCAACUGUUGUCGAUGCCCAAUCUCGGUCAAUGCAACUCUCCACUCGAAACAUUAGUCUCGAGAAGUACAUAGAAGUGGAGGAGAAAAUCAGAUAUGACCCUCAUCCAGAUAAUCCAAAUUUAUGGACCGUCUGCAAGCAGGAAACGAGUAUUAGGAUCAAGCCGUUUUCAGCUCUGGCUUCAAUGGCAGAGAAAAUAGAGCAGAAGUGUGUGGAUAAGUUUCAAGCAAACAGUGCUAAGGGAAGAGAAGUGAUGGAACGGAUGUGCAAGUAUCUCGAAGCUGAAUCCUCGAGAGGCAUUACAGCAUGAUUUAGUAAUCCAAAUUUACGUUAGGCUUCUUAAGUGCUAGUAUUCAACCCCUCCUUUAAAGGUGAGAGGUGAGUUCUUAAUGAUCGCUGUUGGCGGAUGAAUAUCAUAGCAUGUAAAAGAGGACACCAAUCAUGGAUUGUUCCUUCUGAACUUUUUGUAAGCUGUAGUAGAUGCAAUAACAAAGUUAUCAUAGCAUUUCAUUGUGAGAAUGUUACCUAGAUGCACAUUUUACUUUAAAAUGCUGCAGUUUGAAUGUGUAGACAUUGUAUGCUUCAUCUUAAAUGGUUUAACCAAUGAUCAUAUAUAUCUGUCUAUCUGGUUCACUUC